GAGACAACCAACACUUUUAAACCCAAACACUUUGUACUGAUUCGGAUUGUUCCACUGACGGUGAAUUAAAGUAGCCUAGCUGAGUGCCAUGAUCAUGAAGCGGCCGGUCCGGUCCUUAUCGACAAGCGUCGAUAAGAAGCACAAUGAGAGUGACUCGGAAAGAUCCAUUGGAAGUAUGGGUGCAGAACCAUCUGUUCUUUCUGCUAGCCCAGCAGCUCGACGAUACAUCUACACCUCUGCAGCCCAAAGAGCUUAUGAGGAUGUAGACUGGGACUUAAAGUUACCUCCUCGCCACAAACCACCCACAACUACUCUGGAGAAAAUGGCUGACCCUGUGAGUCAACGUUUUGUGUUGAAGCGAUACCACAGCAGACCUGAGCUGUGGCAGGCCAUUGGAUCCCAUUGGAACAAACAUCAGUUACGUGCCACAUUUAAUGCAAGGAAACCCAUCAGCUUCACCAGUCCAUGUCCAAAAUCAGGCCAUAUACCUUUAUACUGCGGUACGGUGGGCUCUGAGAACAUGGAUAGUGUGGAUGUCCCAGGAGAGGACUUCGUCCCUCUGACUCUUCUGCGUACCACAAUACCUCCUCACACCCCUGCCAGCUACCGAACUACUAUACCUGGUUACACUGGAAAAGCCCGGUUUGACAGACCAUGGACCUCAGGUGUCGGUCUACCUUCUUUACCAUAUACUCCACAAACAGCAGGGAGCCGCUCUGGUACCUGGAGCACCCUUGACUACGGACACAAGGCUCCUCUGUCAGGGAUGAUCACUACUGUCCCACCGGGAAACCCUUACCUUCAUCCCAAAGCCCCGGUACUUUCCAUGAAAAAACUCUAAAAGGACAGCAUGUUCUUUAUAAAGAGAAGAAUAAAUGAUGAAGAAGUGUGGGAAAUGAAAGUCUCCCUUUUGAUGAAA